AUGCGUUUGUUACCAGGUAUUAUUUGCGAUAAUUGGCGUUUAACACAUUUAUAUUUUUAUUCCGAAGAAAAAUGGUAUGCACGAAGUAUGAUAGUGAUUUUAAUAAUUAUGGAAUUCUGUUCAAUUGGAUUGGGUAUUGUGUUAAGCUAUUGGAAUAAUUCAUUUUUUAAUGCAUUACAAAAAUUUGAUUAUUCAGCAUUUAUUAAAUUAUUGUUAUGUGAAAAUGCUUACUAUGGAUGUUGUUUGCACACUCAGAUAAAACAAGAUAAUCCUGAUCAACGGAUAUCGAUUGAUAUUGGACUUUAUAUUCAACAGACAUAUGAUCUAUGUAUUGGAAUAUUAAAUUCGAGUGUCACAUUUAUAUCCUAUGUUCUCAUUCUAUGGUCACUAUCGGGAAAAAUAAGUAUACCAAUAACAAAUACAUACGUUUACGAACUUCAUGGAGGUAUGGUAUGGGCAGCCAUUUUCUACGCGGGUCUGGGUACAUUAAUAACAAUGAAAAUUGGUCAUUUUUUGAUAAGAUUGAAUUAUAAUCAAGAAUUACAUGAAGCUGAUUUUCGUUUUGCUCUUAUACGAUUGAGAGAAAAUGUAGAAUCGAUUGCUUUAUAUCAUGGUGAGUCGUAUGAACAAACAAAUUUGAACGUUCUUUAUCAAUACUUAAUGGCAAAUUCUUAUGCUAUUAUGUUAAGAAAAAUGAAGUUAAAUUGGUUUACUAAUGGAUAUAAUAAUGCAUCGAUCGUCUUUCCAUUUCUUGUUGCAUCGCCACGUUAUUUCUCGAAAACAAUUACAUUAGGUGAUUUAACUCAAAUAUCAUCAUCAUUUAAUCAUGUUCAGUCGGCUCUAUCAUUUAUUUUGAAUUCAUAUUCAAAAAUUGCUCUAUGGCGUUCAUCAACGAAACGUUUAAUUGAAUUCGAGAAUAAUUUACAAUAUUUACAUAACGCUAAGGAAUUGUCCAAUAUUCGAUUUGGUUAUUCAACAACAGAUGAUUGCAUCAACAUUAGAAAUUUGACUAUAAAUUUACCCAUGAGUGAAGAAACAUUAAUCAAUCAUUUUGAUUUAACUUUAGUGCCAAGACAAUCAUUGCUCAUUACAGGUCAAAUAACAUUUCCAUUAAAUGAUACUAUCAGUUUUCUACCACAAAAACCGUACAUGCCAUUGGGUACUCUGUUACAUGCUUUGACUUAUCCGCAAGAGAUUCAAAAAUGUAAACUCUCGGAUAUUGACCAUUAUUUAAGUUUGUUUAAUCUCAAUUAUUUACAUUAUCGUUUAACUGACGUUAGCGAUUGGUCUCGUGUUUUGUCAUUGGGCGAACAACAAAAAAUGAGUUUCAUACGUAUUUUGUUACAAAAACCCAUGUGGAUAUUUCUUGAUGAAGCAACAAGUUCACUUGAUGAAAUAUCAGAAACACUCUUAUAUUCAACAUUAAUAAAUGAAAUACCAAAUUCGACCAUCAUUAGUGUUGGGCAUCGAUCAAAUUUGAGAAAAUUUCAUCAGAAAGAAUUAGCAUUCUCAAAACUAUCAUAA